AUGCAUCAUAUUUCUAUUAUAGCUAUCCUAGAACCAUUCUCAGACAUUAUUCAUGUGCAGUCCUUCAAACAACAACUUGUUAUGGAUCAGGCUAUGAGUAAUUGCAAUGGUAAAAUAUGGUUAUUUUGGAAUUUGGAUGUUGACUGCAAAGUGUUAGAGGAGAAUGAACAACAAAUUACUUGUGAAAUUGCCCAUAAUGAGCUGCAAACUCAAUUCACUACAACAUUUGUGUAUGCCAAAUGCAAGGAUCAUCUUAGAAGACCUCUCUGGGACAGAAUGCUUCAUCAUGCCAAUGUUACAACCAAUUCUCCUUGGUGUGCAGUAGGGGAUUAUAAUGUUAUCACUUCUAUGGAUGAAAAGCUAGGAGGGGUGCCUUACAACAUGAGGAAAAGUUUGGAAUUCAUAGUUGUAAUUGAGGCGUGUGGUCUGCAGGAUCUUGGCUUCAGUGGACAGAAAUUUACAUGGUCUAACAACAGGGGUAUAUACAACAGGGUGUGGAAAAGAUUAGACAGGGCUCUGGUAAAUGACUCUUGGCUGGAAAAAAUGCCUCAAACAACUAUCAUUCACCUCCCUUCAGUGGGAUCUAAUCAUUGCCCCCUAUUGAUGGAAAUGAAGGCUAGAAGUGAGGAUCAUACUAGAUACUUCAAAUUUGUGAACUGCUGGGCUGAUCAACCUAACUUCAGUGACGUUGUUCAAGCAUGCUGGGAAAGGGAAUUGGAGGGCAAUAGUAUGUGGAGGUUCCACCAGAAACUCAAAAGAUUGGCUGGCACUCUUAGCUCUUGGUCCAAGGGAGAAUUUGGAGACAUCUUUAUCAAUGUCAAGGAGUAUGAAAAUAAAGUCAAAAUUGCUGAGAAAAACUUUAUUCAACACAAUACAGAUGAGAACAGAGCUGCCUUACAUGAGCUGAAUGCAGAAUAUAUCAGAUUUCUAAAGUUGGAGGAUUCUAUAUUAAAGCAAAAAGCCCAGCUCCAAUGGUUUAGAGAAGGCGACAGCAACACUAAAUACUUCCACUCACUGAUAAGGGGGAGAAGAAGGAGACUCUUUAUACACAGAAUUCUAAAGGAGGAUGGGGAAUGGUUACAAGGUGAUGAGAAUAUUGCAGCUGCAGCUUAUGAUCACUUCCAACAAAUCUUCACAGGUGAAGAUAAGUUCAUCAGUGAAGGACCUCUUGAAUGCCUCCCUAGAAUGAUUAAUCAAGAAAACAAUGAUAAACUGACUGCCAGGCCUACUUUGGAAGAAUUAAAGGAAGUGGUUUUUUCCAUGAACCCUAAUUCAGUAGCUGGUCCAGAUGGCAUGAAUGGUUGCUUUUUCCAGAAAUGCUGGCAGAUCAUCAAACACGACCUGCUAGAAGUCAUCCUAGCCUUUUUCAGUGGGCAGAUGAUUCCCAAAUACUUCUCCCAUUCCUGCAUCGUUUUGCUGCCCAAAGUGAACAAUCCUAAUAAGCUCUCUGAAUUUUGA